UUACGGAUUCGAAUAAAUAGGAUUCGUUUGGCGGUUGCUUAAUUAUUGAAUUGUCAAAAUAGAAAGCCAACAUGUCUUUCCUUAACAAGACCUACACCUUUGUCAAACAAGAAAACUUGGACGCGUUCCUCAAAUCUGUCGGUUUCCCCGAAGACAAGAUCGAAAAGGCCUUAAAAUUCACUCCAGACCAAAAGGUAACAAAAGAUGGAGACACUUACACAUUACAUACUCAAGGACUGGAAGGACCAAAAGAAACCAAAUUUAAAUCUGGAGUAGAAUUCGACGAUGUUAUUGGCUUUGACAAGACUCCCGCAAAGGUCACAAUUGUCGUUGAUGGUAACACAAUCAGUCAAACAUUUAAGACUGACAAAGGCAACGGUACAUUCAAGAGGGAGUACGUUGGAGAUCAGCUUAUUAUUUCUGUCACGCGUGAAGGUUGGGAUGGCGUUGCCAAGAGGUACUACAAAGCUGCUUAAGUGCUAAAAUAUAGAAACAUGUUAACAUUAAAAUAAAAUGAUUACUUAUAAAAAAAA